AGCCUGCAAAAAAGGUUAGACACUUAACUCCACACUCUCAGUCAUGCUGAGCUCCUUCCUGCCCGUCAGACCAAUUCCUGGCCAAGUACUUCACUCCCCAUCUCAUACCUCUGCUGUUCCAGCGCUUCAAGUUACAGAGACAUAACUUGUCACAAUGCCAUGGGACCACGGGAAGAAGUCACUCAUCCUUCGCUCCUUUCCUACCCUGCAACGUCCCUACUAAACACAAACCAAGCUCCAGCCAUCCUGCUCAGAGUGGAUCCAAAAAUCACCAUUCCCCUGCACCAAAGCAGUGCUAGAAAACACUAGUUCAGCAGCCUGAAAAUUCAGUGCUCCUUCAGGGUAAAAGAGACAGGGAUGGGAAGGAGAAUGCUGAGGGCUGUCUGCGUGACUGGCAACAGUUCUGUGAGGUCAAUAUUCAAAAGGCCUUUUCUAAAUCAGAUCUGAUGUUGCUUGAUAGAGAACACUUUUUUCAAGAGGCACUUGAAAAGAUACCAUUUUUCCCCUGUUUAAAAGAUAAGAUGCCAGGUGGAGAGCAAGCAUGAGCUGCCUUGCUCACACAACUCUCCUCCCCUCAGGUUUUGGGACAUAAAGAACUGCAUUGUUUUCACUACCACGUGGCAACCUGGCACCAGCAAGAGUUAAUGUGUGCACAGCCAGGACCAGCAAAGCCAGUGGCAGCAGCCAGAGCGGGUCAGCACAGGAACCACAUCCCUCCUCACUCACUCACCAGUAACGAGCCGGGACUUUGGAGACCCUGCACUGCACAGCUGAGCAAAUCACAGUAACCAACAUGAGCCCACUUAAUGGACAUCUGAAGCAGGAAAAUAUUGCCAAGUCCAAAGAGACAACGAUUUGGCACAGGCAAGGAGCCAGGAGACUCCUCCAGCCCCUGCAUGGUCGGGGCUUUCUGGCACUUGUCUGCUGCCUGUGAAGGGUCAGAGCACUUGCACACAUGCCCAUGUAAGAGGCAUUUGUAUAAACCAUAGCAAAGGGACUUCACUUAUAGAAAAAGCCUGGGAUUAGUUACUUCCUCUAGGUGAAGAUCUUAAAAAAUGAAGAAGCAAGACGCAUUCACAGGGCACUUCUCCACAGGCUAAAGGCAUCGGGGACAACUCUGGCAGGUGAAUGUGACCACGCUCCCCCUCCUGGUGUGUGCUGGGAGGUCUAAGCGCUCCAGGUAGGAACAGUUCCUAUAGGUCUCGGAGGCUUUACAGGGCUGGAUCAUUAUGAUCAAGUAGCACCUUGGUGAGGGGCAAGAGCGCAGAAGAGAACGGGGCAGUCAAACCGGGUUCCAAAUGAAGCACACAAACACCUGCAACGCCAGGCAAGGUUCCGGGGAGGGCAGAGCGGCUGGGACAGCCCGAUGGGGUGGGGAGAAGGGCUCGGAUGGAAGAGCAGGAGAGCCCUGCCCUGGCCCCCGCAGCUCCACACAGCCCGGACACCAUGGGCAUGUCUGCGGAGGACGAGCGCGCCGCCAGCCCCAGAGACGAGGAGUGGCCGGAAGCAGAGAAGGCUGAGAAGCUGGCGAGAGGAGCCGCUCUGAAAUGGGCUUCAGGGGUGUUUUACCGCCCCGAGAAACUGGAGGGGCUCGGGCAUUACCGGAGCCGAGAGACACAGAGGAACAGCUCCAUCCAGUCCCGGCUGAAGUCAACCGUCCAGUCCUACCUGGAGGGGGUGAGUGCGGGGCUGGAGCAGCUGCGGUCGGCGGCGCAGGAGGUGCAGAGCGUGUGCCAGGACCUGGGGGCUGCGCGCUGGGCCUUGCUGGACAGCGCCGACCACUUCCAGGGCCUGCAGCAGAUGAGGGCGCUGGUGGAGGAGCACGUCCAGCUGGCCUCCGUGGUCCAGGUGCUGCCACAGAUCUUCUCGGUGCACGAGGUUUUUUCCCAUACCCUGCAGCUGCUCCACGGGCAGCGCCUGCUGGAGGCCCACGCGGAGCUCAUGAUGGUGGAGCACCUCCGGGAUGACAUCCUCUCCCAGCUGCACCUCCGCGGGCUCUCCAGCGCCCAGACAACCGUGCUGUCCUACUUCAGCGGCCUGCAGCAGCUCAACGAGACCCUGGCCAGGCAGCUGUGGGACAUCGUGGGCAGCAGCCUGCGGCUGGUGCGGGAGGACCCCGUCCUGUUCGUCACCGCUGUACGGAUCAUCGAGCGGGAGGAGAAAAUAGAUGAUACUCUGCUCCUGGAGGCCACCUUCCUGCCCCCUGGCCGCCCAAAGGGCUGGAGGCAGAAGUUCUACCACGUCCUCCAGGGCACCAUCACAGGGCCCCGCUUCCGUGCUGCUCACGUGGAGGCGGAGGGGCCGGGGCUGGCCAGGCACCUGGCAGCGCUGCAGAAGGACAUCGUGUCUGAGCUGCGGGUGGUGAAGGACCUGAUGGUCCAGUGCGUCCCAGCUCACUACAACAUCCUCGGUGUCUGCACUGCCACCUACCACCAGGCCCUCACCAGCCACCUCCAGGAGAUCCUCCGGGAGGACCUGGACAAACAGGGGCUCUUCCUCCUCCUGGAAUGGGCGCUCCAUGUGUACCACAGCCCAGAGAUGAUGGGUCACCCUGACCUUCUCCCAGAAGUGGAUGUUUCUGCUCUGGGUCCCUUGAUGUCCCCUGAGCUUGUGGAUCAGACAGAGAGGAGAUACGUGGUGAAAGUCAAGGCCAGCGUGCUAGAGUGGAUGCAGAGGACCCUGGAGGUGGAGUUCAAGGAAUGGUUCAGGGAAGAGGAACCCGAGACAGACCACCAGGGAUUCUUCCAGUCAGCCCUGCCUGCCAUUGUCAUGCAGAUGCUGAAUGAGAACAUCCAGGUCGCUUCCUUGAUCAAUGACUCUCUGCAGCAGAAGGUUUACAACAUGGCCUUGGAGGAGCUCGAGGCAUUUCUGGGCCGCCUGCGGGAAGCCCUGGUGCAGUGCGGGAAGGAGCACCAGCAGGACCGGGCCGUGCCCAAGUACUACGUCUCCUACCUCCUGGCCAUGCUCAACAACAACCUGGCUCUCAGCAACUCUGUCUCCUCCCUGCACCCCGACACUGCCCACAGAGAAGUCCCUGCAUCCCUCCGGGCUGCUCUAGACAGGAUGCAGAAGAAAGCCUGUCAGCUGCUGCUGGAGGAGCUGCUCCUGGACCUGCAGCCCCUCUGCCUGCAGCUGCCCUCCCGCAAGUGGCUCUCUGGGUCCCAGCUCGUCGGCAGCAUGUGUGAAGUGAUUGACAAGUAUGCAAAGCACUUCUCCCACGUCAGGAAACCCGUCUUCACGCUCCUGCUGAUGGAGAGCGAGCUGCUGGUGGCGAGCCAGUACCUGCGGGCGCUCAUGCAGAGGAAGAUGGUGUGCAAGAGCGAGGAGGAGCGGGGCCAGCUCUGCGACCGCCUGCUGCAGGACACCACACAGCUCCGGGAGCUCUUCUGUGGCCUGGGCCUGGAUCAGAGCCAGCAGAGCCUGGAGGCCGUCUUUGCUCUGCGGGAGCUGAUCUGCCUCAAAGACCCAGCACUACUCAGCCUGGAGGUGCUGGGCUUCAUCACCAAGUACCCCGAUGCCAGCGACGAGCACAUCUCCACCUUGCUGGACCUCCGGGGUGACGUCUCCAAGGAAGUGCGGCAUGUGGUGCUGGAAAUGAUGGCUCAGCACCCCCAGGUCCUGCCCGAGGGCUACCGGCCCAUCUUCAGCACCAUCCUGGUGCCCGUGCCAGAGCUGCCCUUCUGCCUUCGCAAGGGCAAGUGUGCCUGACACUGCCCCUCAGCCAGCUCCCCCUGCCCACUGCCCCGGCACAGGGAUGGACCACGGGGGCAUCUCUGCAGCUGCACAGGGGGAACGGAGGUGACACGUGGCAUCCCCUGCACGCAGCACCUUGUCCUGCGUUGGGGACAGUCUGGAUAUGUGCCAUCCUCCUCUGGUCUUGCCUCACUGAGCAGACUGUCUCCUGCAAGCACCAGUGCUGGGAUACCUGGAUCAGGGGAAAUCCAGCCUGUAGCUGUUUUGCUGGCCUGCUGGGACAGUGACUGAGGGCUGCUCAGGCCUGGCCUGUUGCCUGCAGGAGGAAGAGGUGUUGCAGACCAGACAAGAGUUUGCAGCUGGGGCAAAUCCAUGUCUCCAUGGGGCUGUAGGGAUAUUUGGGUUUCUCCAAGUGUCCAGACAGCUCCCUGAGGCAGCAGGUCCAGGCCAUGGAUAUGGAGCCUGCUACCAUCCCAGCUUCCAGGCAGACUGGAGUCUUACUGGGAGCAGGCUGGCAGGAGGGUUUUAGGCACAGGAGGUCCUCUGGGCUCAGCCCUGACUCCAGCCUGGGUCCUGCAUGGCUGGUGGGGAGCAGCUCAGCCAGUUCAUCGUGGCCCACGGGCACGGAGAAGGGCACCCAGGGUGGUCUCCCUGCCCUGGGCAGUGCCAUCAGCUCUGAGUUCCUGCUCACCUGCCAGACUUCCUGGCUCUGGCUCGUUUGCCAGUGUCCAAAACAGGACUGGAGUCCAAGGCUCUCCACCUGCUGUGUCUGCUGUGUCGAGCAUCCUCCUGCUCCAAGGUUCCUCCGUGAUGGGCAGCAAUGCCCUGAGCACUGGCUCUCCCUCCAUCCUCUGCUGCUGCCCGGCCCUUGGCUGUCUCCUCCCCAGGUGCCAUAAGAAGAUCAGGAGCAGCCUGUGUCCAUCCUUGUGCCCAGCCCCUGCAGUGCCCUGGGAGACCUCCAUGCUCUGCCACGCUUCCUUCCCUGGGGUGGGCUGCAUCCUGCUGUCCUUGUGUGGCACCACUGCUGGAAAUAAAGGCCUGAACUGUG